UCUUAUAAAGACCCUAGAUCCAGAAUGAUCUCAUCUCAAGAUCCUUAACCAAUUAUGUCUACACAUACCCUAUUUCCAAAUAAAGUCACAUUCUGAGGUGCCAGGUGGACAUGAGCUUUUGAAGGGCAUGAUUCAAACCACUACAACAGUGUCCCUCGAGUUUUAAAUUUUGGUCAAGUCCAGUUUUUGUUUUUUCUUCAUCAUUUGUGCUUUGGGUAUCUUGCCUAAGAAACCACUGCUUAAUCCAAGUCACAAAAAUUUAUUCCUGUAUUUUCUUCUAAGAGUUUUAUAGUUUUAGCUCUUGCAUUUAGGUUUUUGAUCCAUUUUAAGUUGAUUUUUGUAUUUGGUGUGAAGUAGGUGCCCAGCUUCAUUUUUUUGCUCGCAGAUAUCCAGUUGUCCCAGUGCCAUUGGUUGAAAAAACUGUUCUUUUUUUAUCUGUUUGUUUUGAUACUAUUGUCAAAAAUCAACCAUAACUAUAAAAGUUUAUGUCUGAAUUCUCAAUUCUAUUCCAUGUCUAUCUUACGCUAGUAUCACGUUAUCUUGAUCACUGAAACUUUGUGGUGAGUUUGAAAUCAGGAAAUCUGUGUCCUCAAACUUCGAUCUUUUUGUUUUCAAGGUUGUUCAUGUUGAAAUGUGAAUUUCAAUAUGAAUUUUAGGAUCAGCUUCUUAAAGAAGUCAGCUGGAAUUUUGAUAAGAAUUGUGUUGAAUCAUUAGGUAAAUUUAGUCUUAUCCAUGGACAUAGGAUGCCUUUCCAUUUAUUAAGGUCCUCUUUAAUUUCUUUAAAAAUAUAUUUUGUACUUGACAGCCUUGUACUUCUUUUGCUAAAUUUAUUCCUGAGCAUUUUAUUCUUUUAAAUAUAUUUUGAAAAGUUGUCUUGUAUAUUUUUAAAAGUUGUCCUAAAUGCAAAGUUCCCUAGCGGAAGAGAGUCUUCCAAUUUAUCUCCCUCCUUUGAGGGGUGUAUCUUUGGAUUUUCCUUCUCAGCCAAGCCCAGGAAUGGAGGUCCAUCCCCAGGCACCAGGGGACUGUUCCAUAAUGUCCCAGAAGCUAAGGUUGGAAGGAAUCCCAGGGACCCCACCACUACCCUGGACCAAACUCUGCUUGGGCUAUAAAUCCCCUACUGAAGUCCUGAGUUGAACUGAGUAGCUUUUCUUUCUCCCUCUGUCCAUCUCUCCAUCCAUCCAUCUAUCUAUCCACUCUCCUACUGCUUUAACCCUGCCACCUGGGUACCCCACGUGGCAGCCUGUGCUGAGGGAUAGAGACAGACGACUUGGACCAAGUCCCUGCCCUCAAGAAGCUCAGUCUGGCUUGUAAACAUUAGGGUUAGCCAAGGCAACACAGUGCUGGGAUGGGAGGAAGCCUGGAGGUUGUGGGAGCCCAGAGGGGGCUCCUGACCCGGCCUGGGAGUUGGGGAAGUCACCUCAUAAGAGGUCUUGUUUCCCCUGGGUGCUCGAAUGACAAGCAUUAGCAAAAUAACCUUGAAGAGCUAUGUCUGCCUCUGAUGGGGGCUUCACUCAUCUGUGAUGUUUCCUUAGAGGCCUCCCACCCCCUGUGCGGCAGCAUCAUAUCAUGGGAAAAGCACAGGCUGGGGUCAGACGAGCCUGGGUAAUUUACACUCCUCAACCCUUUAGAGCCUCCAGCUCCUGUUUGUAGAGUGACAAUGGAAUUGAUGCUCCCCCACCACGGGGGUGGAUUGAACAAGAGGAUGGGGCCAUGAUACCCUAGCCUGGUGCCUGCAGGUGGCCAGGACCCAGUGACCCUGAACAACUAGGAUUGUACCGUGGACUAAAUAUGGCCAUAAUCUCAGGGAAGAGAGUGGCUGGGCGGAAAGGCUGGGGCCAUGGUAUCAGAGUCCACUUGAUGGUCAGAUAAAUCAGACUGUGAGCUGAGUCCGGCAACAUGGAAGCCAGGGGAGGUAAGAUGCCAAGGGAGGUGAGGGGGGGCUAGUGGAGGCACAGGGGCUGAAGCCACACUGCAGGAAGUGAGGAGGCAAUCCAGAGGACAGCCUCAGCGUCUGAGAUAAAGCAGAGGUGGCAGGGGUUGGCUGGUUUGUUUAAUGGGGAUGACCCCUGUAUAUACAGCUGCUGGUGAGGAGCCCUGGAGGGAGGUGACACCACUGCAGCCGGGACAGAGGAGGGAAGUGUGGGAAGAGGUGGGAAUGAGAAGGGGUCCAGGACCAGGGAGAAGAAGGGGGUGCUGAUGUGGGGGCGUGGGCUUGAGGGCGACCCUGCCGGGUCUCAGGUCAGCAGCUUCUGUCCUUGAUGGAGGCUACCCUUUUCUUGUCUCCUGAACCAUGUGUGCUGUUCCCUCCUUGCUCCUUUCGAUUCGAUCAUAAAUGGAAUUACCUAGUUUUAUCCACUGAUUGGUUACUGCUGGUCUCUAGGGAAGAAAGCUAUUAUCUUUGUCAUCUGGCCCCAUCUGAUGAUUUUGGGGAAUCCUAAAAGUCCCAUUAGCGUAUUUCAGACCAGACAUUUGCCUCUCAUGGGGACAUCAUCACGUCUCUCCGACUUAAUUUCUUCUCCCUCUUUUUCUGGGCUUAAGCCGACCCCCACCCUCACUCUGUUCCUGAUUCGUCCCCCCUCCCCACCCUCGGCAGGAGCCUUCCGCCUUCUCUAAGAAUCCUCUUUGUUCACAGAGCCUCCUUCCCUGCCCCUUAAAUGGAAAUGCUCUCUUGGCUCGCUCUGCUCAUUAGAGCUCUGAUGUCAGCCAGUGUCUUGAUGUGGAGUUUUUCCUUGAGAAACAGGACCACCCCGUGACCCGCUUUCCACACACACUCAUAGGACAGAAGUCUGGCCACGGCCUCCGAGGCUUGGACGUACCAGGGGUUGUUUAAUGAGCCCCUUGUUAUUCCCGGCUUUGCGGAUGAUCUCGUCGGAUCGUUCCCUUAGGAAAGAUUCUAGAAGUGAAGCUGCUGAACAAAAGCAAUCCGUAUUUAAAGUUCUCAUAGAAAUUGCCAAAUGGCAUGCCGCAAGAGUUGUGCCAGUUUGUACCCACCGGGAGUGAAUGAAAAUAGCAGUUUCCCAGGACCUUGCGAACAAUGGCUAUUACGGAUUUUUGCCUGUGUGAUGCGUCUGAGUUCUCGUCCUGGGUCUCAUUCACUUGAUUCCAGAUCCCAAGUGAUGGUGGUUUACGCUGAGGAGGAGCUGAGCCCUGCGAGACUGGUUAGCACGGCGGCGGAGCUGGGAGCGGCGCCGGCUGGCCGGCGGGAGUGAACACGGGAUCUCAGCGUCUCAACCCAGAGGAAGCAUGUCUAAGAAAGGCCGGAGCAAGGGCGAGAAGCCCGAGGUGGAGAUGGAUGCGGUGCAGAUGGCCAACGAGGAGCUGCGGGCCAAGCUGACCAGCAUUCAGAUCGAGUUCCAGCAGGAAAAGAGCAAGGUGGGCAAGCUGCGGGAGCGGCUGCAGGAGGCCAAGCUGGAGCGCGAGCAGGAGCAGCGGCGGCACACGGCCUACAUCUCGGAGCUCAGGGCCAAGCUGCACGAGGAGAAAACCAAGGAGCUGCAGGCGCUGCGCGAGGUGCUCAUCCGCCAGCACGAGCAGGAGGCGGCGCGCACGGCCAAGAUCAAGGAGGGCGAGCUGCAGCGGCUGCAGGCCACGCUGAACGUGCUGCGCGACGGCGCGGCCGACAAGGUCAAGACCGCGCUGCUGGCCGAGGCCCGCGACGAGGCGCGCAGGGCCUUUGAUGGCGAGCGCCUGCGGCUGCAGCAGGAGAUCCUGGAGCUCAAGUCGGCGCGAAAGCAGGCGGAGGAGGCGCUCAGCAACUGCAUGCAGGCCGACAAGACCAAGGCGGCCGAGCUGCGCGCCGCCUACCAGGCGCACCAGGACGAGGUGCAUCGCAUCAAGCGCGAGUGCGAGCGCGACAUCCGCCGGCUGAUGGACGAGAUCAAGGGGAAGGACCGCGUAAUUCUGGCGCUGGAGAAGGAGCUCGGCGUGCAGACUGGGCAGACCCAGAAGCUACUUCUUCAGAAAGAGGCUCUGGAUGAGCAGCUGGUUCAGGUCCGAGAGGCUGAGCGGUACCACAGUAGUCCAAAGAGAGAGCUCCCGCCCGGCAUAGGGGACAUGGCCGAGCUCAUGGGCGUCCAGGAUCAGCAUAUGGACGAGCGAGACGUGCGGCGAUUUCAGCUAAAAAUUGCUGAACUGAAUUCGGUGAUACGGAAGCUGGAAGACAGAAAUACCCUGUUGGCAGACGAGAGGAAUGAACUGCUGAAACGCUCCCGCGAGACGGAGGUCCAGCUGAAGCCCCUGGUGGAGAAGAACAAGCGGAUGAACAAGAAGAACGAGGACCUGCUGCAGAGCAUCCAGAGGAUGGAGGAGAAGAUCAAGAACCUCACGCGGGAGAACGUGGAGAUGAAGGAGAAGCUGUCGGCCCAGGCGUCCCUGAAGCGGCACACGUCCUUGAACGACCUCAGCCUGACGCGGGACAAGCAGGAGAUCGAGUUCCUGCGGCUGCAGGUGCUGGAGCAGCAGCACGUCAUCGACGACCUCUCGCUGGAGCGAGAACGGCUUUUGCGGUCCAGAAGGCAUCGCGGGAAAAGCCUGAAGCCGCCCAAGAAGCAUGUUGUGGAGACAUUUUUUGGAUUUGACGAGGAGUCUGUGGACUCGGAAACGCUGUCGGAAACGUCCUGCAACACAGACAGGACGGACAGGGCCCCGAUCACGCCCGAGGAGGACCUGGACGACACCACGACCCGGGAAGAGGCUGACCUGAGGUUCUGCCAGCUGACCAGGGAAUACCAGGCCCUGCAGCGGGCCUACGCCCUGCUUCAGGAGCAGGUCGGGGGGACGCUGGACGCCGAGCGAGAGGCCCGGACUCGGGAACAGCUCCAAGCUGAUCUGCUGAGGUGCCAGGCCAAAAUCGAGGAUCUGGAGAAGUUGCUGGUCGAGAAAGGGCAGGAUUCCAAAUGGGUCGAAGAGAAGCAGCUGCUCAUCAGAACGAACCAGGACUUGCUGGAAAAGAUUAACAGGCUGGAAAUGGAAAAGAACCAGCUGAAGAACGAAAUGCAAGACGCAAAGGAUCAGAACGAGCUGUUAGAAUUCAGAGUGCUAGAACUCGAAGAGAGAGAGCGGAGGUCGCCAGCUUUUAACCUCCAAAUCACCACCUUCCCCGAGAACAACAGCAGCGCCCUCCAGCUGUUCUGUCACCAGGAAGGAGUUAAGGAUGUGAAUAUUUCUGAACUUAUGAAGAAAUUAGAUAUCCUUGGCGAUAACGGGAAUUUGAGGAAUGAAGAACAGGUUGCCAUAAUCCAGGCUGGAACUGUGCUCGCCCUGUGUGAAAAGUGGCUGAAGCAGAUAGAGGGAACCGAGGCGGCCCUGACCCAGAAGAUGAUCGACCUGGAGAGGGAGAAGGACCUGUUCAGCAGGCAGAAGGGCUACCUGGAGGAGGAGCUAGACUACAGGAAGCAAGCCCUUGACCAGGCUUACCUGAAAAUCCAAGAACUGGAGGCCACCCUGUACAACGCGCUGCAGCAGGAGCCGGGGCGGAGGGCCAGCGCGGCGCUGAGCGAGGGCUGGCGGGAGGACCUGCAGGCCGCCGUGGAAAAGGUGCGCAGGCAGAUCCUGCGGCAGAGCCGGGAGUUCGACAGCCAGAUCCUGCGGGAGCGCAUGGAGCUGCUGCAGCAGGCCCAGCAGAGAGUCCGUGAGUUGGAGGACAAGUUGGAAGUCCAGAAGCGACAUCUGAAAGAGCUGGAAGAGAAGCAUUCAUUCUGUGGCCUUGAUGACGUCACUGAGCCAAGACCUCGGGAUAGAAAAAGAGCUUACGGAAUACACUGACUCCUAUGGCAACCCCAAUCCCACUCAAACCAAAAUUCAACGGCAAAACAAGCUAUUCCAAGCCCAGAGACUGAAACCAGAAUUUGCGGAUACUUGACAACAGUUCAAAGGGGAGGCAUUUAGGAUGUAUGGCUGGGUCCUGCCUAGGCUGAGCUUGGGAGAUCUGCAGGGACAAUGGGGAAUUUGUCAAGCUCAGGGCCACGUCGGAGUCCCCACUGUGGCACCUUCAAGAGCCCGAGGGGCAGAGACCUGAAUACCAGGAAACUAAGUGCAAUUACUAGAAACCGAGUGAUUGGAGAGCCACUGCACUGUCUGGGGACAGGCCUGCAUCCUCAUCCCUGCACGGCCUGCCUCCCCUGGCCGCGGUGCGUGUGUCUGGCUCGACACUGUGUACAUAUGUCUCCAUGAACUGUGUCCUGUGCAUCCCAGAGUCUGUCCGCCAGAGUGACUUGCACAUGUCCCUGUGAUCUGAACCCAGAGUCAAGCCCCACUCAGCAAACCCCUCCAGAUCCGUGUGCAGCUGGAUUCAGCAGCUGGCGGCAGGAGAGAGGGCUGGAGCCCGUGGAUGGUGGACCCCAGGACCUCAGAUUUACAAGGGGGACGCCACG